AUGACCUCACCAAAGAGAUCAGCCACCAUCGUCCGGAGCCGCUGCUCCGGCAUCCAGGAGCCACGAGCGGACCAAAGUCCGACGAGCUCCCUCCUCGACGCACGCGGCGAGGCCAUACACGAGACAGCCGACCGGAGGCACCGGAUCUUGCCACCGCCAAGGCACCGCGAGGAGCCCCCGCAGCAACACGCGACGGCAUCGAGGAACGCGGCCGCACGCAGCCGGAUCGGGCCCAACCGGGCCCCCACGGCCGCCGCCGGGACCGAAGCCGCCGCCGAACCCCGAGCCGCCGCCGCACCCGUCAUGCUCGCCGGACCACCCGCCGGACCUGCCGCGUCGCCACCACCCCCUCCGCCAUCGAGGGGAUCAUCCCCGCACCGCACAUCGGUCGGGAACCGCGCGCAUCACCGCCCGGCCAUCCACAUGGCCCGAGCGCCGCCGCAUCUGCCGGAGCCGCCGCCGCGGCCCGCCUCCCCAUCGGAUCCGGGCGCGCAGGCCCCGAUCCGCCACCCCACGGCCCGGAGCCGCCGCUCCGGCUUCCUGCGCCCGCGAACCGCCGCCGUCGCCCCGGCCAGCUAG